GUCUGCUUUGAUGUUUCAAGUGUUUAUAGACGAGCAGGACCCCGCCGGAUAGCCGCAAUGAAUACGGUCACAGAUGCGGUACCGACGACGCUUCAACCGUCAGCCGAUGGUGACAAUGUGUUAUCCAAGAUCAACUUAGAAGCGUGGGACAUUGUGGUUAUUGUGGCCUAUUUCAUAGGAGUGAUCGCUGUCGGUGCGUGGUCGUCAUGGAGAAGCAGUCGAAAUUCAAUGAGUGGCUACUUCCUGGCGAGUCGCAGCAUGCACUGGAUCCCGGUGGGUGCGUCGUUGUUUGCCAGCAACAUUGGUAGCGGUCAUUUCGUCGGUCUGGCAGGAUCUGGCGCAGCAUCUGGGAUAGGAAUAUCCGGAUUCGAGCUCAAUGCCGUGUUCGUUCUUCUCAUCCUUGGCUGGGUCUUCGUACCUGUCUACGUUGCAUCAGGGGUAUUCACGAUGCCCGAGUACCUGCGCAAGAGGUUCGGUGGUCAGAGGAUACGUGUCUACCUGUCGGUCCUGGCGCUCCUCCUCUCCAUAUUCACCAAAAUCUCCGCCGAUUUGUUUGCUGGAGCCAUUUUCAUCAAGCAAGCCCUUGACUGGAACCUUUACAUGUCAGUCUGUAUCCUGCUCGCUCUCGCAUGCAUCUUCACUGUUGCUGGGGGCCUGAGUGCUGUGAUAUGGACAGACUUUGUGCAGACCAUCCUCAUCGUUGUCGGCGCAGUGGCUCUCAUGAUCUUGAGUCUUAUUAAGGUCGGAGGCUACGACGAGUUAAUGCGCCAGUUCGGGUACGCCGAGCCAACAGACAACAGUUAUGUCCUCUUCACGGCGGAUAAUGUGUCCUGUUCUAAAGUACCAGACACCUAUGAGAGCCUGCUGCGCCCAGCUGAUGAUCAUGAUCUCCCGUGGACUGGCAUUGUGUUCGGCAUAACAAUCUCCGCUGUUUGGUACUGGUGCUCCGAUCAGGUAAUCGUUCAACGUGCGCUGUCUGCCAAGAACAUGUCCCACGCUAAAGGAGGCUGCAUCAUGGCUGGCUUCCUCAAGCUUCUUCCCAUGUACCUGCUCGUGCUGCCCGGAAUGGCUGCCCGAGUGUUGUACCCAGACCUCGUGGCAUGUUCCAACCCCGAGCGCUGUCGCGAAGUGUGCGAAAACGACAACGGCUGCAGCAACAUCGCCUACCCAUUGCUGGUGAUCAAACUCAUGCCCAUAGGUGCACGAGGAAUGAUGCUGUCAGUCAUGUUGGCCGCGCUGAUGUCUUCGUUGACGUCAAUUUUCAACAGCUGCUCGACCAUUUUCACCAUUGACAUUUGGAAGAAGUUCCGCAAGAAUGCGACCGACAUUGAACUCUUGAUCGUCGGUCGUACAUUCGUCGUAGUUUUAGUCGCGGUCAGCAUCGUCUGGAUUCCGAUCAUCGAAGCGUUCCCGAACAGUCAACUGUUCCACUACAUCCAGAGCGUCACCAGCUACUUGGCGCCUCCUGUCUGUGCCGUCUAUGUCUUGGCGGUAACCUGGGGACGAAUCAACGAACCGGGCGCCUUCUGGGGCCUAAUGAGCGGGCUAGUCAUCGGUAUGAUACGUUUCGGAUGGGAGUUCUCUUACUCUGUGCCUACUUGCGGAAGCGAUGCGCCUGACCCUAGGCCUGCCAUCAUAUCCAGCGUCCACUACCUGCAUUUUGGCAUUCUUCUCUUUUUCCUCACUAUUAUUAUUACUACUGUCGUCAGUCUUCUGACGCCGCCCAUCGAAGCGAGGCACCUUCAUCGACUGACGUACGCUACGCGUCACAGCAGAGAGAUCCGUGAAGACCUGGGCAAGCGACGGAAGAAGACUUCCGUGGCUACGAUAUAUAAUGGGAAGGACAACGCCGCCUACAACAAGAGCACAGAGUGCUUGGGCGACACGGAUGAAGUGUCCCGUACACGGGGCAGUCUUACACUGCACGAGGCUAUGACAGCACCGAAGAGACCGAUGUCGGGCUGCAAGCGUAUCUUGUUCCGAGCCUGCGGUGUAACACAAAGCCAGGUCGACGCAGCGGAGGAAAACCUAGGUCCUGUGUUGUCUCCCGAGGAAGACGCCAUUCAGGCAGCUGAGUCCUUGAAAGAGUCCCCAGUCUGGGAAGGAGUAUGCAACGCAGGGGCUGUCAUCCUGAUGGUCAGCUGCGCUUUCAUCUGGGGCUAUUACGCCUGAGUGUUUCAGCAGUUCCUAGUUAAUUCCAUGGCAGCUACAGACAUCGACUCGCAAGUCUUCCACCGAUUGUACAAAGACCUUUCUUUGUUUGGAGUGCAGGCACUUCUUCAAACGUUGAAGUGCGAGUGUCUUAGGAUGAUACAACGAUAUAUCAUCAGUGCACGAACUCCGUGAUGUUACUUCUAUAGGCCGCCUAUAGUAGGUGACAACCUUUGUACUGUAUUAGCUACGUUAGAACAAGUAGCUGUUGAGACCAAAGCAACCUAUUUAAAAUACUACUCCGGACAAAAGGUGCUAUUACUUGUAUUUCGUGUAAAAGAUCGACCUCGCUCAAGGACUCGGAACGCAAAACAUGGCCAUCAGUGAACGUUACCCGCUUCCGUGGAUUUUCGGAAGAGUUCGCAAAAUUACAUAGUUUCUGAUUCUCCAAGAGUAGAUGACGUCACCAUGACCUCUAGCGUCUGUCUCCUAGCGACUGCGCACGCAUCUUCCAGUUCUCCGCUCUCCGCCCCACGUUGGAAGACUGCCAGAAGCUCUGGAGAUGAGGAACAACUGAACGCUGGAGCGGCGCCUGAACAACUGAUGUAUGGGGCAAUGUUGCCAGGCUGAUGGCAGAUCGCCCACAUGGUGACGUCAUACUUUUCAAAACUAGAAAUGAAUGUUAUAUUUUCGCACGCCACAUAAAGAAAAAGUAUUUUGGGAGAUUAUGACAUGGGUCACGUAGAUUACAAUGACAUAAACUAGGUAGCAUUCUGAAGACAUGAGAUUUGGUCCGUAGUGGCGUGUCGACCCUAAGCCAAGACUAGCCUAAGCCAAAGCUAAGCCACACUCGAUGUUUUAAAAUAUUUUAGAUGUAAUAAAAGUUGACUUCUGCUACUA